GCCGCCCGCCAGCGUGUCCGCGGCUCCGCCGCCAGCAUGGGCUGCGCGCCGAGCAUCCACGUUUCCGAGGGCCGGGCGGCGCACCCCGGCGGCAGGGAGGCCGAGGACGCGCCGGGCGGGCCGAGCCUCCCGCACGGCCAGCGGACGACCGCCUCGCUCGUGGCCCGCGGCGCCGGCCUCGUGGGGUCCGAGCCUCGUGGCGGCAGCGGCCACGGCAGCAGCGAGAAGGCGGCAGCCGAUGUGCAGUUCGGCCCCAUGAGAUUUCAUCCAGAUCAGCUCCAGGUACUUUUAGUGUUUACCAAAGAAGAUAAACAGUGUAAUGGAUUCUGUAGGGCAUGUGAAAAGGCAGGGUUUCGCUGCACAGUUACCAAGGAGGCCCAGGCUGUCCUAGGCUGUUUCCUGGACAAGCAUCACGACAUCGUCAUCAUAGACCACAGAAAUCCCCGACAGCUGGAUGCCGAGGCGCUGUGCAGGUCUAUCAGAUCAUCAAAACUCUCAGAAAACACAAUUAUAAUCGGUGUAGUACGCAGGGCGGACAGAGAAGAGCCCUCUGUGAUGCCCCUCAUCGCUGCUGGCUUUACGAGGAGGUAUGUGGAAAACCCCAGUCUCAUGGCCUGUUACAACGAACUGCUGCAGCUGGAGUUUGGAGAGGUGCGAUCGCAGCUAAAACUCAGGGCCUGUAACUCAGUGUUCACGGCAUUAGAGAAAAGUCAGGAAGCGAUUGAAAUCACAAGCGAAGACCGCAUUGUACAGUAUGCAAAUCCUGCAUUUGAAUCCACGAUGGGCUAUCAGGCAGGUGAAUUAAUAGGGAAGGAGUUAGCGGAAGCACCUGUGAAUGAAAAAAAGGCCGAUCUGCUUGAAACUGUAAAUUCGUGCAUCAGGAUAGGCAAGGAGUGGCAAGGAAUUUACCAUGCCAAGAAGAAAAAUGGAGAUAACAUACAGCAAAAUGUGAAGAUAAUACCUGUCCUUGGACAGGGAGGAAAAAUUAGACACUAUGUGUCCAUUAUCAGAGUGUGCAAUGGCAACAAUAAGGCUGAGAAAAUAACUGAAUGUGUUCAGUCUGACACUCAAACAGAUACUCAGUCAGGCAAACACAAAGACAGGCGAAAGAGCUCGCUAGACGUCAGGACUAUGGCCUCACGCGCGAGUGAAGCUGCCAGCCAGAGGCGACCCUCUUCCGCGGCCCGGGUACAUUCCGUGACGAUUGAGGCGCCCAUCUCCAAGGUAAUCAAUAUCAUCAAUGCUGCCCAGGAGAGCAGCCCCAUGCCUGUGAUAGAAGCCUUAGACCGUGUGCUGGAAAUCCUAAGAACCACUGAACUGUACUCGCCACAGCUGGGCGCUAAGGACGACGACCCACACGCCAGCGCCCUGGUCGAGGGCUUGAUGUCGGAUGGUUUACGACGAUUAUCUGGGAAUGAAUAUGUUCUUUCAACAAAAAACCUCCAGCAGGUUUCAGGCAGUAUAACCACUCCCAUCACCCUUCACGACGUCCCGCCGCGGAUAGCUCGGGCCAUGGAAAAUGAGGAAUGCUGGGACUUUGAUAUUUUUGAACUGGAGGCUGCCACUCAUAAAAGGCCUCUGAUCUACCUUGGUCUCAAAAUGUCUGCUCGCUUCGGAAUCUGUGAAUUCUUAAACUGCUCUGAGACAACGCUGAGAUCAUGGCUGCAAAUUAUCGAAGCCAAUUACCAUUCUUCUAACCCCUACCACAAUUCCACACAUUCUGCUGAUGUGCUUCACGCCACUGCGUAUUUCCUCUGCAAAGAGAGGAUAAAGCAAACUUUAGAUCCAGUUGAUGAGGUCGCCGCCCUCAUUGCCGCCACCAUUCACGACGUGGACCACCCCGGGAGGACCAACUCCUUCCUGUGCAACGCGGGUAGCGAGCUGGCCAUCCUGUACAAUGACACUGCCGUGCUGGAGAGCCACCACGCGGCCGUGGCCUUCCAGCUGACCACCCGGGAUGACAAAUGCAACAUCUUCAAAAACAUGGAGCGGAACGACUACCGGGCGCUGCGCCAGGGCAUCAUCGACAUGGUCUUGGCCACAGAAAUGACAAGGCACUUCGAGCAUGUCAACAAAUUUGUCAACAGCAUCAACAAGCCUUUGGCAGCCCUGGAAGAAAAUGGGGAAACUGGUAAAGAUCGGGAAGCCAUAAACACCAUGCUCAGGACUCCAGAGAACAGGACUCUGAUUAAACGGAUGCUGAUUAAGUGCGCUGACGUGUCCAACCCCUGCCGGCCCCUGGAGCAGUGCAUUGAGUGGGCUGCACGCAUCUCAGAAGAGUAUUUCUCUCAGACGGACGAGGAGAAGCGGCAGGGCCUGCCCGUGGUGAUGCCAGUGUUCGACAGGCACACCUGCAGCGUCCCCAAGGCCCAGAUCUCCUUCAUCGAUUACUUCAUCACAGACAUGUUUGAUGCCUGGGACGCCUUUGUAGACCUGCCUGAGUUAAUGCAGCACCUCGACAACAACUUUAAAUACUGGAAGGGACUGGAUGAGAUGAAGCUCAGGAGCCUCCGACCGCCUCCCGAAUAGCGUGUGACGCCGUCCGGGGCCCUGAAGCCUGUCCCUUGGUCAUUUGAAGUUCCUGAGGGCGGCCGGAGGGUCCUGGUCCUUUCAGUAUCAGGCAGCACAGCCCCGUCUGCAGAGCCCGUGAAGCACGCGGACGCCAGUAACCUUCGGUGGCCACCAUCCGAUGCCAUUGCCACAGCGUGACGUGUAGUCCACUCUACCUGGGCCUUGCUGCUCGGAAAGUCACAUGAGAACCAUGGUUUGCAUUAGCUUUCAUUAAAACGUGAGCUUAGGACGCCGAGGGAUUUCCGCAGGUGAGAGGAUGUCGUUGCAAACAAUUUCUCUCAAUUACGUUCAGCAUUUAAGAACAGCUAAUGGCAAUCGGAUCCUUACCAACUUUUUUCACAUCCUAGAAGGUGCAAUCACUAACUUUGGAACACUACUGAAAAGUGACUUCUUUUAAAAUUGAGUAGCAAAUAAAAACAGAAAUUUUGAGGUUGAUUAUUAAUAGCAACUAUUAAAAUGUUUUAUUUAUUAGACAUUCAAUGUUUUCUAUGAAUUUAAAAAUACUUCAAAGCCAAAGCCAACUUUAAACACCAUGACUUCGUUACAUGAUUUCGUUUCAUUAAAUAUGUGUUAACUUGGUGUAUAGACUUAUUUUCAUAAUGCAAAUUAAAAUACAAAAUGACACAUUUUUACCGCACUACAGAAAUAUUUGUGUAUCUAAACUCAUUUCUGAUUGAUGCUGAUUGGGGAAAAGCUGUUUGAAGGCGGUUCUGUUCUAAGAGCUGAAGCAGGCCAGCGCCUUCUGUGCAGACACCAGAGCUCAGACACUGCUCAGCUUUGGGGCUUGCAGGUGACUCCCCUAAGUAAGAGAAAUUAGGACUUGACACUUUCUCCCUAAAAUUUUAUAACUGGAUUUCCAGAAGUCUGUAUUUUAUAGUGUUUCUAUAAAAUAUCCCCUAUAAAAACAGAGUGAAAAUGGAUUAUACAGUGAGUUGGCAUUUUAUAACCCGUCGGUUUUCAUCUGCAGUGGGAAUCUUUGAUUCUAAAACCUUUUCAGGCUCUGUAUCUCCAUGUUUUGAUAAGUGUAGUACCAUAAAAAAUGACACAGGAGGCCAUGUCACAAUGCUUGGCAUUUCUUUUUAAACUUGUAUUUGUUUUUUUUCCAGAUAAAAAUGAAAUUAAACUA